CUACAAGUCUCAGUCAUGCAUGAGUGCAUCUCCAUCCAUGUUGGCCAGGCUGGUGUCCAGAUCAGCAAUUUCUGCUGGGAGCUCUACUGCCUGGAACAUGGCAUCCAGCCUGAUGACCAGAUGCCAAGUGACAAGACCACUGGGGGAGGAGAUGACUCCUUCAGCACCUUCUUCAGUGAGACAGAGCAUGUGCCCAGGGCAGCGUUUGUAGACCUGGAACCCACAAUCACUGAUGAAGUUUGCACUGGCACCUACCACCAGCUCUUCCACCCUGAGCAGAUCGUCACAGGCAAGGAAGAUGCUGCCAAUAACUAUUCCCAAGGUCACUACACCAUGGGCAAGGAGAUCAUUGACCUUAAGGCUCACCUGGACCACAAGUUUGACCUGAUGUAUGUCAAGAGUGCCUUUGUUCACUGGUAUGUGGGUGAGGGCAUGGAGGAAAGAGAGUUUUCUGAGGCCCGUGAGUACAUGGCUGCCCUUGAGAAGGAGUAUGAGGAGGCUGGAGCGGAUAGUGCUGAGGGAGAGGAUGAGGGUAAAGAUUAUUAACCUGUCUGCUGCAAUUUUACACUCUUGUCUUGGGACUGUCUUAUUUGUGUUCUGUGGAGCUGCCCAUUGUGGCCCUAUCUUGUCAAUAAAAGUGAUAUUU